AUGACAAUUUCUCGCCUCUUUGCGUCCUUGCAAACAACCCGCUUCGCCCAUAUCGCCCGAUUCCUGCCAUUGCUGCGGGAUAACCAUUCGGGCUUAUUUGACCAUUUUUCCAGCUCCAGUUCAAUUGACCUCUUCCGGGCCUCCCCAACUUCCCCGCAGACUCCCCCGCAGAACAGCCGUCGAAAUCAAGCCGUCGAAAUGUCUUCUCAAGCCGCUCACCCUACGUUACUGAUCCCCGGGCCCAUCGAGUUUGACGAUGCGGUCCUCCAGUCCAUGAGUCACUACAGCGAGAGUCACGUCGGUCCCGGCUUCGUAUCCACCUUUGGCGAUACCCUGUCCAUGCUCCGCAAGCUGUUCCAGACCUCCGAUCCUGCCUCGCAGCCCUUCGUCAUCAACGGCUCCGGAACCUUGGGCUGGGACAUGGUUGCUGCCAACCUUGUCGAGCCGGGAGAGAACGCCCUCGUCCUGAGCACUGGCUAUUUUGGCGACGGUUUCGCCGACUGCCUUGCCGCUUACGGCGCCAGCGUCACCAAGAUCACUGGUGCCGUGGGUGGUCGACCCCAGCCUGAUGAGAUUGAGCAGGCGCUCCGGCAGAAAAAGUACAAGAUCAUCACAGCCACGCACGUCGACACCUCGACUGGCGUCCUGUUUGAUCUCAAGACCCUGACCGACGUCGUCAAGCGAGUCGCCCCCGAGACCUUGAUCAUUGCCGAUGGGGUGUGCAGUGUCGCUUGCGAGGAGAUUGCCUUUGACGAAUGGGGCCUGGACGGUGUUGUGACUGCUGGCCAAAAGGCAAUCGGCUGCCCUACGGGGCUGUCCAUCUCCAUGUUCAGUAAACGCGCCGUUGAUGUCGUCCAGAACCGCAAGACUGAGCCCGCCACGUACUUUGCCUCCAUGAAGCGAUGGAUUCCCAUCAUGCAGAAUUACGAGGCCAAGAAGCCGUCGUACUUCUCCACGCCUUCGCCCCAGCUUAUCCACGCCCUGAACACGGCGCUCAGCCAGAUCUUGGCCCGCCCCCUCUCCGAGCGCUUCCAAAGACACAUGCAGGUUUCCGACAAGGUCAAAAAGGCCGUUGCUGACCUCGGCCUCAAGAUUGUUGCUGAAAGGCCAGAGGAUCAGGCCCAUGCCAUGACUGCCAUUUAUCUGCCCGACAGUGUCAGCAUCCCCAGCAUCCUGCCCAAGCUUCUGGACAAAGGCAUCAUCUUUGCUGGCGGUCUACACAAGGAGAUUGGGAGCAAGUAUAUUCGAUUUGGGCACAUGGGCCCCUCGGCCAUGGACCCCAAAAGACCGGACAUCGAUAACGCGCUGGAGGCUCUGCGCGCUGCCUUGGCCGAGUGCGGUUAUAAAGGUUGA